AUGGCGAAAAGAUUACAAGGCAAAGUAGCGCUCAUAACUGGCGGAGCCAGAGGCAUCGGUGCCGCGGCCGCAAGGCUCUUCUCCCAGCACGGUGCCAAAGUCCUGAUAGCCGAUAUCCGAUCCGAAUUGGGCAACUCUGUGGCCACUGAGAUCCAGUCGGAGUCGGGCCAGCCUGUGUCCUUCGUCGAAUGUGACGUUUCAAGCGACUUGGACAUGCUGAACGCAGUCGACGCCGUCGUUUCAAUGCACGGCAAGCUGGACAUCAUGUAUAGCAAUGCCGGGAUAGCAGGCGAAAGGUUCGAGUUCUUCAACAAAGACCGAGCACCAGGGAUAUUGUCGAUUGAUCCCCAGGUGUUCCGGAAGGUGUUUGAUGUCAACGUGUAUGGAUCAUUCCUGGCAGCCAAGCAUGUUGCCAGGGUGAUGGUCCCGAAGUGUAGUGGGACCAUCCUCUUCACGGGGAGUGCGGUGACGGCUAGCUAUGGUCUGGCACCGCACAACUACACCGCGUCGAAGCACGCGGUGGUAGGCCUGACAAAGAACCUGUGCGUGGAGCUCGGGCAGUUUGGGAUCCGUGUGAAUUGCAUUUCACCGUAUGCAGUGAUGACUCCUAUGGCUGCGGAAUUCGCAGGAUGCGACGAGGAGGCAUAUAAGAAAAGGGUACUGCCGGAUCAUCUGAAAUUGAUGAGAGCUGAGGAAGUCGCGGAGGUGGCACUCAAUAUGGUGAGUGAUGAGUCAAAGUAUAUUUGUGGGUUGAACCUUUUGGUUGAUGGUGGUGUAUGUCUGAAGAGUGCAUGA